CGCAAGGGCUUAUAAUCCCGCGCUGGAUGGACAAGACCCCAAAAAAUUGAACCCGUCGCGCAUCGCAAUGCCUGCUUGAUUUGAACGCUGAGGGAUUAUGCAGUACUUGGCGCAGCUUCGCGACUAACCUACCCCCCUCGGUCCAAUGCUUUCCCCUCUUGCUCUCAGAGUCAUUUAGCUGGGUGCAGCGCUAUCUCCCGAUCAUCGGUGGCUGGCCGAGAGCCGAUCCUCCACCACACGCUUCACACUCGCCGGUCCAGUCCCGCCCUUGACUACGAUUGUAUGACUUGCGCCGCGUUUAAUUGACGCACGAGCGAUUGAUGAUCCCUCCCAAGAACUCCCGAUAAGGUUACAUUUCGUUGAGGCUCAUCAUGUCAUCCACGACAGCCCCGAGUAGCUCCAUCCAGAAGCUCGCCUCUCCGGGAUUUAAUGCCGGAGCCAGACCCUACAGGUCACACAAAGUCAGGGCAUGCGAUUUGUGUAGGAAGCGCAAGUCUCGAUGUACAGUGGAUAUACCCGGCCAGUCGUGCCUUCUGUGUCGAGUGCAGGGCGCCGACUGCCACUAUCAGGAGGACUCCAGCCAGGAUCCUCCGCUCUCAAACGGCCAUGAAACCAAAAGAUGGUCGGCAGAUCCCGCGCAGGUAUCGACUAUUGGCCAAAAGCGCAAGCGCAGCUCAGAAGUUGGCUCUCCGGCCAGUGUCAGCCGCCCACGAGCGUCCAGUGUUCCUCAGUCAGAUUCCCUAAGUGGCCACCGAGGAAGCGAAUCCAGAUUCGACGAUCCUCACAAUGAGUCUGUUCUCAUAGUCGGACCUGUGGUAGCCGAUGAUGCCCAAGUGAUUGAAAAGUACAUGCCUACCGAGCGGACCAGCAAGUCCGUGGAACCGAAGAACAAUACAUAUAAUGUCUACUCGAGCGAUCCGAGAAAACCCAUCCUUUACACAACCGUUUCACGACGGAGACAAGGCAUGCGCGUUGGUAUCCCACCGGGUGAGAACCAGAAAGAGAUUCUGGAGCAAAUCCUGGGGCCCUUCAAGCACGAUCUAGUCAGACUGUUCAUUGACCGGUUCAACGCAGCAUUCCCAAUCUUCGAUGGAGAAAGUUUCUGGGAGGCAUUCAUCUCAGAAACACCCGGUGACCCACCGGCCUCGCUCUUGUGUCAGGUUUAUUCAAUGUCUUUAGUAUAUUGGAAGCACACCCCCAAACUGGCUUGUCAUCCCAAACCUGACGUCCGAUAUGCCGUCAACAUGACAGUGGCCGCUCUACAUGAGGAAUUCUCUGCUCCUGGUCUGUCCACAAUCAGCGCAGCUCUUAUCGAUUUGACCGGUCGCCCGAUCUUCUCCAUGACUGGCAAUGCGAUCAGCAGCGGUCGUAUGGUCUCUCUCGCUCAUUGUCUUGGACUCAAUCGCGACCCCAGUCAUUGGAAGCUGUCUCCGGCUGAAAAGAACCAUCGUAUGCGCUUAUGGUGGGGGGUGGUAAUCCAUGAUCGCUGGGGGAGCUUCGGCCAUGGUGUACCGCCUCAAAUCGCCAAGAACCAGUACGAUGUGCCUCUUCCGACAAUCGAUGUAUUAAUACCGGCAGCAUCUCGCACCCCUGAGCGCGUGAGAGCCGCGCAUUGUCAUAUCGCGCUGUGCCAAUUGACUGAGAUUUUGGGAGAGCUUCUGCCCCUUGUCUACGGUCUCCAGCAUCGAUUCCCGCGUGAAACCACCAAAAAAGUGCGACAAAUCCGGACGGAUCUGGAUGUCUGGGAGGACUCACUGCCUGACUGGCUGAGAACGCCUCCACGUACCUCGGAGGAACGCAUCUCCGGCACAAGCAGUCUCCAACUAGCCUUCCUGGCUGUAAAGAUGUUGGUGAGCCGAGUGGAGCUGAACGAGGUCAACAACUCAGAGACGGAGAACCCCGAAGCUCGCCGCUACUUUCAGACCGAAUGCCGCAAAUCAGCGGAAGAAAUAGUGCAAUUCAUCUCAUCCCUUCGGAAGGAGAAUUUCCAAGAAUUCUGGCUUCCAUAUAGCGCCUUCCAUCUCACAACCACGGCCACGCUUUUAGUCCGCUGCGCGUUGGAAACCACCGACAGCGAAGUGGCGCGGUCCUGCCUCACCAACGUCGAGACCUUCCGCGCCAUCCUCCGUCGUGUCCGCGAGGAUGAAGACUGGGACGUGGCCGACAUGUGUCUCGACCACUGCGAACGACUCCUCAGCCGUCUCCCCGGCGGCAGCAGCAGCAACCCGGAUUCCAACUUCACCCACGUAGGACCGACCGACAACCGCCUCGUAAACCCGGCCGCCAUCUCGCUGCCCGAGACACAAACCAACAACGACAUCGUCGACGAUAUGAUGUCGAUCUCUGGCACGUUCGGCACGAUGGACGGUUUCCCAUUCGAUAUGACGGGGAUCUGGGACGUCUCGGUCUUCCAGGACGUCAAUCUAACGUAGCUUUGGGGCAUUCUACUUACACCUUAAUAUGUGAACAUUUGCUUCACUAUUCUUCCUUGCUCAUUCAACGAGGGUUUGGGAACUACAGCCUUGAUUUUUUGUCUUUCAACACUAUAGAGUCGAGAGUGGGCGUGGCUGGGCGAAAGGGAGGGAGGCUUUUUGUUCGCUUGAAAUAUACCC